AUGGACUCACUUAUUAUUCCAGGUGAUAACUUCCAUGUCGAAGGCAGGGAAAACGUAAUCUUAGGACCUGGUGCUUAUUGUGAUCCCAAAAGCCAACAAUUUCAGCCUGUAAAUGCGGGUUUCGAGGUAGUGAAAGAAUCAAAAAAAAAUGUCUCCGUUCAUGUCGAAUACAAUUCCAAACGCUAUGUUCCAGCGGUCGGUGACCUGGUCGUGGGAUUGAUCACAGGCUCGUAUUCCGACAGUUAUAGAGUUUCUCUAGAGAGUUUCUCAACACCAGUGACACUGUCGUAUAUGGCGUUCCCCAAUGCUUCGAAAAAAAACCGUCCCACGCUAAAAGUUGGGGAUCUAGUAUAUGCCAGAGUCAGCAAAGCUGACAAAGAGCUGGAAGCAGAGAUUGAGUGUGUGGACUCAACGACGGGCAAAGACGCAGGAUUUGGACUUUUAGAAGGCGGAACUGUGGUCGACGUCUCGCUGGCGUAUUGUAGGGAACUGGCAUUCAAUCCCGACUAUGCCCUACUUCCGCUGCUAGCGAAAACCGCACAAUUUGAGGUGGCCAUUGGUAUAAACGGCAAGAUUUGGAUCAAAUGCGACGAUGUAAGACAUGCUCUCGCAUGCAAAAAAUCUAUUGUGGAUUGUCAACACUACACACCUUCGGAACACAAAAGUAUAAUAACAAAAAACUUCAAAAAGUUAUUGAAUUCAACGGAUUGA